UAAUUAAAACAUGUAACAUUAGGCGGUUAAAUAUGUUUUUGACACUUCUGAUUAAAUGUCAAACAGCAUUCUUAUCAGAAUGUCUUAAAAUUUCCAAUAAGAAUCAAUCGUAGAAACAAAUAGUCUAAGAAGUCCUAAGCUUUUAAAAAAAUAUAACAAUUAAUGCUAUUUAGUAUAAAACAUCAUAUAAAAUUAUUUAUGUUUUUAACAUGAAAAUUAUAGUGCCAUCCAACUGAUAUGAACCGAACUUUUGCCACGACCCCAACAAGAAUGUAAAUAAAAAUCUUAAAAAUAAUCAUAUAAAUCCUUUAUCAUACAAAGUCCAAAACUCAGUUUUGCAAAAUGGGCUUCUUUGAAUAUUUGGGAUUAUUUGUUUUCCUUUAUUAUAUUAUUUACGCAGUUUUAAUAGUGAUAUUUGAUUGUGAUUUAAGAUUAGCUUUUGCAGAGAGAUUUGGUGUGCCAAUUGAUGCUUUGAAAGGUAAAGUUAUUUGGAUCACAGGAGCAUCCAGUGGUAUUGGUAAACACCUAGCAUAUCAUUGUGCUAAACAUGGUUCAAAAGUAGUACUCUCAGCUCGAAGAGAAAAUGAGUUACAAGAAGUUAAGAAAAAAUGCAUAGAACAAGGUGCUAAGAAAGAGGAUAUUCUAGUUCUGCCGAUGGAUAUGCUUGAAAUUAGCAGUCAUCAAACUAAAAUGGAUACUGUUCUCAAAGAAUUUGGAAAAUUAGAUAUAUUAGUUAACAACGCUGGCAGGUCACAAAGAGCAAGUUGGGAAGAAACUGAUAUUGAAGUUGAUCGGCAAUUAUUUGAACUAAAUGUAUUUAGUGUUGUUGCUUUGUCUAGAGUUGCAGUUCGAUAUUUUAAGACUGUUUCGAAAGGACACAUAGCAAUCACUUCAAGCACGGCUGGACUUAUUCCUGUACCAUUUAGCGGUUCUUAUACGGGUUCAAAGCAUGCACUUCAUGGUUAUUUUGGUAGUCUACAAACUGAAAUUCCUGAAUUUAAUAUUGAUAUAACUUUAUUUUGUCCGGGACCAACAUUCACAGAUUUUCUACAAGAAAGUUUCACUGAAAAUCCUGGAGAGAAAUUUGGUAAAAGUGUCCAACGUGAUGAUAAAAGAAUGACCGGGGAAAGAUGUGGUGAAUUAUUUGCCAUUGCUUUGGCUAAUAAAUUGGAUACUACAUGGGCCAGCAUUUUUCCUAUAUCUCCUUUAACAUAUUUAACAUUAUAUUUUCCAAAUAUAAGAUAUUUGAUAUUCAAAAUGCUGGGAACACGAGGAUUGAUGAAACUUCGUGAUAGUAAAAACAAAACAAAAUAG